CUAGCACACCCUUCUGUGGCUCUCGUGCGGCGUAUUUAGUCAUCUCGGAGCUUCUGAUCAGUCAUCUCUGGCGAUCGUCUUUUCUGCUGUUCUGUUCAAGGAUCUCUUCCAGAGAAGACUCUGAGGAGGCAUCACUGAAGAUGGCGCUACACAUACAUGAUGCAGCUGCAAACAAUGGAAUAUCAGAUCCGGCUGCUUGUACAUACGCUUAGAAAGAAAUUGAGGACAUGGCGGAUUCAUCAGGAUUUGACUACGAGGUGUUCUUGAGCUUUAGAGGAUUAGAUACUCGUGCAGGUUUUACCGACUUCCUUUAUAACAGCCUGAUCAAUGCGGGAAUCCAUGCGUACAGAGAUGACGAAGAGCUGCACAUCGGGGAAGAGAUUGGCCCGGAGCUUCUCCAAGCAAUCAAGCAGUCAAGAAUCUCCAUACCCAUCUUCUCAAAACGAUAUGCCUCUAGCAAAUGGUGUCUCAAGGAGUUGGUCCAGAUGGUGGAGUGCAAGAAAAGCAUGGGCCAGAAGAUCAUGCCCAUUUUCUAUGACGUGGAACCUUCCGAGAUUCGGGACCAAACCGGCCGGUAUGGACAGGCCUUCAUCGAGCACAAAAGCAGGGGGCGAUACGGUGAUGGAACUAUUAGCGAGUGGAAGGCCGCUCUUAGUGAAGUUGGGGCAAUAAAGGGAUGGGACCUAAAUAGCAUGCCCAACAGGCGCGAAGGUGACUUAGUGAAAACAGUCGUCAAGGAGGUUUUCAGUGAGUUGAAAAAAGGUUACUUGGUAUUAUCGGAUUGCUUGGUUGAAGUCGACAAUCACGUGAGUGAGAUCAUGAGAAUGAUUGACCCUCAGACACAUGAAACACGGAUUGUUGGUAUCCGUGGAAUGGGUGGCGCUGGAAAGACCACUCUUGCCAAAAUUAUCUACAAUAAACUUUUACCUGAUUUUGAGCAUCGUUGUUUCCUUUCUAACAUUCGAGAAACUUCAAAGGUAAAGGGUGUUGAGUACUUGCAGAAUCAGUUGAUCUCCGACGUCCUCAAAAGGAAAGGGAAAGAUAUAAGCAUAAGCAACACGGACGAAGGGAUUGAGACGAUUAAAGAUAGGCUGUGUGGUAAAAGGCUUCUCCUUGUCCUUGAUGAUGUUGACAGAAAGAAUCAAUUGAAUGCACUUAUGGGCAAGCGUGAUUGGUUCGGUGAAGGAAGUAAGGUUAUCAUCACUAGUAGAAACAAAGAGGUUCUCAACCUUCCUGAAGUGGAUUGGACUUAUGAACUUAACUGCAUGGAUUUCGACAAAUCUCUUCGACUUUUCAGCAAACAUGCCUUCAGAAGAGAUCGUCCCUUGGAUGAUUAUCUCGCCCACUCCAGAAAGGCGGUAAGCAUUGCUGGAGGUCUUCCUCUAGCUCUCGAGGUUAUAGGCUCGCUUUUAUCGUGCAACAGUAAAGAAAAGUGGGAUGACAUUCUGAAAAAGUUGGAAAUAAUUCCUCAUGAGGAAGUGAGCAGUAAGCUGAAGAUAAGUUAUGAGGCAUUAGAUGAUCGGCAAAAGCACAUAUUUCUCGAUAUAGCUUGUUUUUUCAUUGGAUGUGACAAAGAAGUUGCAAUCCACAUGUGGGAUGAGACUGAAUUUUUUCCAGAAGAAGCUUUGGAAGUUCUGCAGCAUAUGUCCCUGAUAAAGAUCGUCGAAAAAAAUACGUUGUGGAUGCAUGAUCUACUAAGGGACCUGGGGCGAGAAAUCAUCCGCCAAGAUAGUAAUAUGGUAACAGAGAAGCAGACUAGGGUGUGGGAUGCUGAUGAAGCGUCAGAUUUGCUGAUGACAAAACAGGAAAAGGAAAGAGUUGAAGCUCUCUGUCUCCAGUUUAGCCGUGCGACAGAACACCAUCUUGCAGAUAAGCACUUCAUGAGACUUCCAAAUCUAAGGUUCCUUGCAGUUGAUGGUAGGAAUGAGGAGAAUGGUCAGAGAAAAGACCCUGAACCCGUGUUUGGAUUAGUGAUGAGGAAUUUACGGCAGAAUUUUCAUCUUCCGAUCAACUUUUUCCGGAAGAAGUCGCAUCAAUUUCCUAAGUUGCGAUGGCUUUCUUGGUAUUCUUAUCCUCUGAACUUUGACAUAGGCAAAUUAUCCAUGCAGAAUCUAGUCGUUCUGGAUCUAGCACGGAGCGCCAUUACCCAUCAUUGGGACGGUUGGAGCCAUAUAAAGAUGGCGAAGACCUUAAAAGUUCUGAAUCUGUCGGGUUGCGAGGAAUUGGUUAAAACUCCCGACUUCUCAGGACUUGCAAAUUUGGAACGACUGAUCAUGUUGGACUGUGUAAGAUUGGUCAAAGUCCAUAAAUCCAUUGGUCAAUUACAGCGCUUGGUUUUCUUAGAUGUCCGCCACUGCUGGGAACUUGAUGACUUGCCAAAUGAGAUUCAAGAGCGAAAAUCUUUGAAAGUGCUCCGUAGUUAUGGCAGAAGAAUGGUAGUGCUCGCUCUGUAG